AUGAAGAAGGAGAUGAUUCUGAGGCAACAAGGAUUCAAAGGGAAUUCUUAUACUUUCAGAAGGCUUUUGUUUGGAGAUGCAAAAGAGAAUGCCAAGGUGUAUGAAGAAGCACUUUCAAGAUCUAUAAAUGUUCGUGAUGAAACUCAAGCUGUCCCUCGUAUCGUGCCCUUCAUCCAUAAAACCAUUGAAAAAUAUGGUGACAAAUCAUUUUUUUGGGCCGGACUGAGACCAAAGGUGCUGAUAAUGGAUCCUGAACUGACGAAAACUGUGUUGGUUAAACACACCAGCUUCUUAAGGAAUUUCAGUGUCACUAAUCAUAUAGUGAAAGAACUUAUCACUGGACUUCCUCGUACUGAAGGAGAGGAAUGGUACAAAAGAAGAGUGAUUAUGAACCCUGCUUUUCACGUGGAAAAUUUGAAGCAAAUGAUACCAGUAUUUCAAAAAAGCAGUGAUGAUGUUUUGAAUCAAUGGAAGAAGUUGAUUUCUGAAGAUGGCUCCUGUACUGUAGAUGUGUAUCCUUACUUCGAAUACGCAACAUCAAAAGUUAUUUCUGAAACUUUGUUCGCCAGUGAUUAUUCGAAAGACAAAAGACUCUAUGACCUUAUUAAGGAAAUGGUUACCAUGGCAAGACUAACCACCCGAAUUGCUGAUUUACCAGGAUCAAAGUAUUUACCCACCGAAACAAAUCAAAAGUCAAGAAAAAUCACGAAUGAACAACGGAAAAUAGUUGGAAUGCUCAUUCGUGAAAGAGAGAAGGCAAUAAGGGAAGGCAAAGUUUUGCAGGACAACUUGUUGGAUCUGUUAUUGAAAUCAGAACUCAAACGUGAUUAUGGCGAGGAGGAAAUUCUUGGGCAAGUGAAGUUAUUCUUCUUUGCAGGAUAUGAAACCACAAGAAAUCUUCUUGUUUGGACCUUGGUUUUACUUGGCACUUACCAAGAUUGGCAAGAGCGUGCUAGACAAGAAGCUUUCCGGGUCUUUGAAAAUCGUAAAGCAGAUUAUCAAGGGCUAAACCAACUCAAAGUUUUAUCGAUGAUCAUGAAUGAGGUAUUGAGGUUGUACCCGCCAGUGGUCGAGCUUUCUAGACUUGUAGAAGAAGAGACACAAUUAGGAGAAUACAUCAUACCAGCUGAUACACAACUCAUGGUACCAAUAGUUAUGAUUCAUCGUGAUCCCCGAUACUGGGGUGAAGAUGCAAACGAGUUUAAUCCCAACAGAUUUGCAGAAGGAGUGCCGAAAUCUACCAAAGGACAUCUGAUAUAUUACCCCUUUGGUUGGGGACCCCGUAGUUGCAUUGGCCAGAACUAUGCACUCUUGGAGGCUAAAUUAGUAUUGGUAGACAUUUUGCGCAAUUUCUCGUUUGAGAUUUCUCCUACUUACAGACAUGCUCCAGUUGUGAUGUUCACUCUUGAGCCUCAAUAUGGAGCCCCCCUAAUACUACGCAACCUCGAGUGA